AUGUCUUCUCGGACACCGUCACCAAACUUGAUUGAUUUUGGUAACGUAGUUGAAGACAGCAGCGUGUCAGAAAAAUUUUUUACAAAUAGUCAAGAUUCUUCGGACGAAGACAGUACGCAUGAUUUGGAAUCACAUUUAGUCGAAGAUGAUGAAUCAAACAAAGAAUUAAAUUUUGAAAAACCAAUUGCUCAAAAUGAUUUGAAUCAAUAUAUGGAAAGAGUUCGUCCGCUGCUUAAAUAUCUCGACGAACUCGCAUGUUUGGAUCAACAUUAUUUUUAUGAAUCAAGUACAACUUCUUCAAAUUUUAAUUCUACUGAAGAGUCUGAUGAACAAAGUGUAGAGAAUAUCAUAGGCGAUGAUUCAUUCGAUUUAUUUAAUAUUUUUGAUUCGGAACAUUUUAUGGAUGAGGUUGAAAAUAUUGAAGAAGAAACUUGUCCAUCUGCAAUUGAUUCAGAAGAACCGAUCGGAAUCGACGCUAUUACUAUUGAUCGUACUUCUGAUACUUUUGAAAUUGAAGCUGAAGGUUCUUGUAGUGCUCAUUCCAUAUGCCCUAAAUCACGAAUGGACUUGGUUUUACAUAAAUAUAAAUCAAAUAUGACAACAAUGAUUGAUACUUCUUAUAUAGAAUUAGAUACUCAGUUAGAAGAAUCUUAUAGUAAUUUACGUAUUGAAAUAAAACGAUGCGCUCAAAAUUUAUUCAAAAGAACCAUCCAAGAACAUUCAAAUCAAAUUUAUACAAAGGUUCUUUCAGAAAUUGGAAAUUUUAUGAAUGAAUUAUCUCAAAAUGUUGAUACCGUAUUAUCAUUAUCACAUUGGGAAAGGUCUGUAAAUGAAAGGAUUAGAUCAAAUGUCAAUAAAGCCAUUUGCGAAAUAGAAAAAUCCGAAGAAGAACCUAGUUAUGAAGAAAGGCUCAAUAAACUUGUCGAUGUUUCAAUUGGUCUUGAAUCAACAACUGAAGAAAUAAAAAAAGCUGUAGAGGAAAAGAUUCAAUUGUUUGAAAUUGAAAAUCAAAAGUUGAAAGAAUUUAAGAAUAAUCAAAAAGAAAAUAUGUUACUUAAAGAAUCGAUCAUUCACGAAUUGAAACUUAUGUCCGCUCAUCAUGAAUCCGUGGCCUCGAAACUUCAAGAAAAUAAAUCAAU